CGGGCCGGGGGGGCGCGGGCGCCGCGCGGCGCCCGAGGCGAAAAAGUAGCUGUCAAAUGCGCGGCGCCUUUAACCGGCGCGAUCAGUGCGGCUCGGCGAGUCAUGGCGACCGCAGCCUCCAACCACUACAGCCUGCUCGCCUCCGGCUCCCCCAUGGUGCACGCCGAGCCGCCCGGCGGCAUGCAGCCCGGCGGCGGCUACCGCGACGCCGGCGCCCUGGUGCAGGCGGACUACGCGCUGCAGAGCAACGGGCACCCGCUGAGCCACGCUCACCAGUGGAUCGCGGCGCUGUCCCACGGCGGCCCCGGCGGUGGCGGUGGCGGCGGCGGCGGCGGGGGCGGCGGCGGCGGCGGCGGCGGCGAGGCGCCCUGGUCGGCGGGCGCGCUGGGCCAGCCCGACAUCAAGCCGGCGGUGGUGCAGGCGGGCGGGCGCGGCGACGAGCUGCCGCCGCCGCCGCAGCACCCGCCGCCGGGGCGGGCGCCGCACCUGGUGCACCACGGCGGCGGCGGCGGAGGGCACCACGCGGCGGCGGCGGCGGCGGCGGCGGCAGCGGCGUGGCGGGCGGGCGGCGCGGCGCACCUGCCGCCCGGCAUGGCCGCGGCCAACGGCGCGCAGGCGGGGCUGCUCUACUCGCAGCCGCCCGGCUUCACCGUCAACGGGAUGCUGGGCGCCGGGCAGCCGGGGCUGCACCACCACGGCCUGCGCGACGCCCACGAGGAGCCGCCGCCGGGGCCGCCGCACCACGGCCCCGAGCACCCGCCGCCGCCCCACGGCCCCCACCCCGGGGCGGCCGGGCCGGCACCGUCCGCCGCCGCCGCCGCGCCCCCCGGGCCGCCGCCGCACCACGACCCGCACUCCGACGAGGACACGCCGACCUCGGACGACCUGGAACAGUUCGCCAAGCAGUUCAAGCAGCGGCGCAUCAAACUGGGAUUUACCCAAGCGGACGUGGGGCUGGCGCUGGGCACCCUCUACGGCAACGUCUUCUCGCAGACCACCAUCUGCCGCUUCGAGGCCCUGCAGCUCAGCUUCAAGAACAUGUGCAAGCUGAAGCCUUUGUUGAACAAGUGGUUGGAGGAGGCGGACUCCUCCUCGGGCAGCCCCACCAGCAUAGACAAGAUCGCGGCGCAGGGCCGCAAGCGGAAAAAGCGCACCUCCAUCGAGGUGAGCGUCAAGGGCGCGCUGGAGAGCCACUUCCUCAAGUGCCCCAAGCCCUCCGCCCAGGAGAUCACCUCGCUCGCGGACAGCCUACAGCUGGAGAAGGAGGUGGUGAGAGUGUGGUUUUGUAACAGGAGACAGAAAGAGAAGCGCAUGACUCCCCCGGGAGGGACGCUGCCGGGCGCCGAGGACGUGUACGGGGCCAGCAGGGACACGCCGCCGCACCACGGGGUGCAGACCCCCGUGCAGUGAACUCGCGGCGGGGGCGCCCGGCCCCUCCUCCUCCUCCUCCUCUCCUCCUCCUCCUCCUCUCCUUCCCCCAACUUUUGAUUGUCCUUUUUUUUCUUUUUUUUUUUUCUUUUUUUAAAUUUUAUUUUCUCCUAUCUUUAAAAAAAAAGACAAAAAAUCAAAAAAAGAAACAAACGCGAAAAAAAAGAGAAAAGAAAAAAAGCGAGCGAGCGAGAGGGCGAGCGCGAAUCACAGCGGACAGACAGAUAGACAGACAAAGCACCUGCACCACACCGUCCCUUAGACUGUAGGAGGUGUGAUGCUGAAUUUUGACCUUUCCAGGCGGGUGCCCGUGCACGGGAGUGGAGUGGGUACCGCGCACCGGCAGGCAGGCGGGCACCGGCAGGCAGGCGGGCACCGGCAGGGCAGGCGCAGGGCGAAGCGGUUCGCACAAAACUCCCUCACUCGCUGGCCAAAA